UAAAAGAUGUUUACCCACUCCUGUAGUAGUAAAAAAAAGCUAAAGUUUGUUGUGAACGGAGCGUGUGAGAAACAUUUUCACCUCUGAGCAGCGGACCAGUUUAAAUGUGCCGCAUGUCAGAGCGCUUUCUCUCAUAGUUGAGGAUAAAACAGCCCCGACCCUGUUGUUGUUUUUUUUUUUUUUUGGUUACUUUUCGUUUUUUACUGGAAGUCUGAGUUAAGCUUAUGACUUUUGACACAGUCCAAGAGCGACGCUGCAAAUGGGCGGCAUAGGUGGCAGCCUCUACCUCAGCAUGUUGAAUGGGACUGAAGCGCAAACUCUCGGAAAAAGCGUCGACAUCAGCAGCCACCUCCACCGCGGCGGCAAGGAUCUAGCCGAGUUCAAGAUGGGCAUCCAGGACGCCCGCUUCUACUAUCCGGACCCGGUUCAGGGCAGCCAGGACCCUCUGACCCUGCCCUACCAUUCGGAUCAAACGGUGGGGGGAUAUGGGGCGCAGCCCAGCAGGUUUUACGCGCAGCCCUUAAGUGGCUGCCCCUACAGCGGCGUGCGUUCUCCGCCGAGGAGCGGCACCGGGCAGGGAUACGUCCCCGCGGCGGGAGAGGGGUUCACCGCUGGAGGUAAAGACCCCGUGUACUCACCUUCUGCGGAGAACUACACGACGGGCUUCCAACACGGCUACCAGCGGCCUCUAUACCCCUUACCUGGGCUGCAGGUGUGCGGGAAGACCCAGGUCCUGCUCCAUAACUACCCGCUUUGGGCCAAGUUUCACAAGUUCCAGACCGAAAUGAUCAUCACCAAACAGGGCAGGAGGAUGUUCCCCUUCCUGAGCUUCAACAUCAGCGUACUGGAUCCGACUGCCCACUAUAAUGUCUACGUGGACGUGGUUCUGGCCGAUCAGCACCAUUGGAGGUACCAGGGCGGCAAAUGGGUCCAGUGUGGGAAAGCAGAGGGUAACAUGCCAGGGAACAGGAUGUACAUGCACCCCGACUCUCCUAACUCAGGGGCUCAUUGGAUGAGACAAGAAGUGUCAUUCAGCAAGCUUAAGCUCACCAACAACAAGGGCAGCAACAACAACGCGACACAGAUGAUUGUUCUUCAGUCGCUCCACAAGUACCAGCCACGUCUUCACAUUGUGGAGGUGAAGGAAGACGGCACAGAGGACCCUUUCCUGUCCUCAAAAGCUCAGACGUUUGUCUUUUCAGAGACGCAGUUUAUCGCCGUCACUGCUUAUCAGAAUGCAGACAUUACUCAGCUGAAAAUAGACCAUAACCCCUUCGCUAAAGGCUUCCGCGACAAUUACGACACGCUCUAUGCUGCUCCUGACUCAGAUCGACUUACCCCUUCCCCUACAGAGGGCCAGCAGUUGUUACCAGGGACUUGCUACCCACAGGGCUUUCUCUCUGAACAGUACAUUAGCCCCCUGCCACAGACCCGCUUCUUUGGACGUGAACCCAUUGGUAUGAGCCAGCAACACAAAGACCCAUCCUCUAGCACUGGACCCCACAGUCGCUGGUACCUGCCCCCACAACAGAGUGCGCCACCAAACCGGCUUGACUUCAGUUCCUCCUAUGAGGGGGACUUUUCUGGAAAUGGUUUCUACAAGCCGUUUCCCCUGCAGACGUCUGCUCACCAUGCCCUCAGCUACUACCCAGAGCAUCAUUUUGCAUCAUGCAGCGUGUCCGUAUCAGCAGCCAGUUCAGCAGGAUGGAGUACCAGCAGGCCUACCCUACAGUAUCCCAGCAAACCCGCGCCCAGUCUGAGCUGGUUCAGACCCAUUUCGUCCUCUUCCUCCUCAUCAUCAUCUUCUACACCCACUGGCAACCCAAGGCUGCACCCCCCCUCUCUCCUAGAGUCUCUGCAGACACCCCUGCUACAGGAAAAGCCGAAAGAGUCUGCUGGAGUGGCACCGGACCCCUGGCUCGAGCCACCCUCAGUCAAAUCAGCAGACUCUGCCGACUCGGGCCUGUUUGAGGGGAACAAGAAGAGGAAGGUGUCACCCUAUACGUCCAGCACCGAAAACUCCCCACCUCCGCGCACCAGAGAUGUCUGUGAAAAAGACAACAGCAGCGAUCCAGACUACUAUGGCUAUUACACCCACUGAGCGCCUCCCAUUUCAUCACAAACAUUUCCCAACACCCUCUUGCAGCUCCCCGAGACUGCACAGUUUGUUAGGUCUUGAUGGAGGGCUGAAACAAUCCAAACAGAACCACAAAAUAUAAGCCCUCACAGUGAAAACAUCCACAAAAUAACAUUUUUUCCUUAUAAGUGUAAAAUGAUCACAGGAGGAACUUUUCAGGACAGUGGCAAAGUGAAUAAAAGUGGACGUGACUGGGACUCUGGCCUACAGUCACAUAAACACCUAACAGACAUACAGAGGUGUGACUUAAGUCUUUGGAACAUCUGGAGAUUUGAGAAAAAACACAAACAUCUGCAUAUCUGCUUGCUGACAGAUGCCUGUGGGGAUUGUCUGUUCUUCCUGCAUCAAACACUCUCUCGCUGCAGUGCCAUCUCUCAUCUGUGUCUUCCUUCGAAUCCACAACCAUUCACACAUUUCUUCACAAUGCACUCACGUUUAUUUCCCCCAAUGAUUCUGUGCAGAAACUGGUUAGCAAAAAAAAAAAAAAAAACUUCUGCCUCUCUAAUCUUAGGCUCACAAUAUAAGGCGCAGCUCCCACUUGUGGUGGUAGAGGAGCAUUGCGGGCACUCAGAGCGGGGUUUAGAACAGCUUAGCUGAUGUGUGUUCAGAGUAUAGUAGGCAAAUGAACAAUAACAGAGAAAGCAGAACAUCUGAUGCUCAUCUAAUAUAUUACAGUGACCUUACAUGUUGAAUGUUUAAUCAUGCACACAAAUAUAAGUUGAAAACAAAGGCAGGUAUAGUGCGUUGAAAAUGUGUUCAUACACAUAGAAGGUUUACAAAUUUAGUCUCAUUAUAGCCACAAAUGUCAUUUUUUAAAUUGGGAUUCUGUGAUAGACCAAUGCAAAGCAGUGAAUAAUUAUAACAAUAAACAACAAAUAUACAAGGCUUUGAAACAGAUUUCAAACAAAUAAUCUGAAAAGUGUAACAUGCAUUUGUAUUUAACCCUCCCCACCCCAAGUCACUACUUUGCAAACCCCACAUUUGGGGUUAUGUUUCUAUGUGUUCAGGGUGCGCAUCAAGAGGAGGACAAUUUUUGCCCAUUAUGCUGUACAAAACACCAAAAUUUUCAAGUCUUGCCAAAAAUUCUUAAUUAGAUUUAGUUCUUGGGCAUUCUUACUGAUAAAUAUGUUUUGAUUGAGUGCACUGUCAUGCUGGACGGUGAACCCCUGCCCCAGUCUCAAGUAUUUUGCAUCCUCUAACAGGUUUUGUUGUUGUUGUGCCCUUUAUUUAGCUCCAUCCAUCUUUCCAUCAAAUCUUACCAGUUUUAAUGUCUCUGCAAAAAGCAUCCCCACAGCAUGUUGCCACCACCACCAUUUUUCAUGGUGUGGAUGGUGUGUUCAGGAUGUUAGUUUUCUGCCUCACAUACUGUUUUGCAUGUAAGCAAAAACAUUUAAAUGUGAUUUCAUCGGCCAGAGCACCUUCUUUCAUGUUUGUUGUGUCCUCCCAUGCCUUUCUUUUAUCAAUGAUUUUUUUCUUACCAUGUAAAGGCCAGAUUUGUUGACUGUUCAACUAACCGUUGUACUGUCAAUGGAUGUUCCCACCUAAGUUGUGGGUACUCUGAAACUCCUUCAGAGUACCCAGGGGCCUUCUUGCUACUUUUCUGAUUAAUGUUCUCCUUGCCCCGCCUCAAUUUUGGUUGGACGACUUGUUAGGCUUCAAGUUGUGCCAUACUCUUUCCAUUUUUAGAUAAUGGAGGGAGCAUUACUCUUUAAGAUGUUCAAAAUUUAGGAUAUUGUUUUAUAACUUAACUCGGCUUUAAACUUCUCCAUAACUUUAUCCCAGACCUGUCUACUGUGUUCCUUCAUCCUUAUUUUGUUGCAUCAGAUUAUUAAAUUUACCUGAUCUGAUAAACUUAACUUUUAGUAGCAGCAAUAAGGUAACAAAUGAUUUACAUAAAAGCUUCAAACAAGACUAGCUGUGCACAGGGUUGCUUGUGUAGAGUGCAAAGAUUCUGACCUUGCCAGAAUUAGUCAAAUUUAAAGCGCUCCUGUCACCAAACUAAUAAACCUCACAAUCAAUAUUAGCAUCAAUAUCUACUAAACAGUCUCAUCAAUAGAACCACACAAGCUCUAAAUUGGCCCCAGUUCUGCAGAUCAGUUCAUAGUAGUUUGUGGAGGAUGCUCACGUGUAACUGUAGUCAAACUGAUGAGGCACUGCCAGCCUCAGACCACAAUAAACAGGAAGCACAAAGUGACCAGACCGACACUCUGAAUUUCCCCCUUGGUCUCAGGACGCAUCGUGUGGUGACGCUGGUUGACAGAGGCCCGGCUCCCAGCCUGGUGACAGAAACAAAGAGUGAGGCUACAGUCGGAGCUAAUCAGAGGUCUGCCCCUCACUCCUCACCAGGUGUGCUAACUGCCUUGGACAACACCAGAGGCGACAGGCAGCCACCUAGUGCUAUCCAUCAGGGAAACUUUAGUGUUUACUGAGCGAGCUCAAAUUAUUCCAUGUACAAAAUGAGUGUCGUGUUAAGAUGAUGUUAACUGAUGGAACCAUUACUACUGUAACAAGCAAAAAUUCAACAUCUGUCAUAUAUGGUUCAAACUAAGUAAAAUAGCUAAUUUUAAAAGCAUGUUUACAUUUUACUCUCUUUAAAAAAUUCACGAUUCUGUGGAUAAGAAUUCAUUUUGACUGGUUUCAUAAGAAUUAAACCCAAGAAUUCUAUGUAACUUUGCUAACAUCUGGGUGCUGUAACUAUCCAAAUGUUUACCCUAGUAUUAUCAAAAUGGAACCAUAAACAUUUACUUUGUUGAAGGGUACAAUUUAAUGGUGACAGCUUUUGCUUAAGCUAAUCAGUUCUUUUGUGUUUUUUAUUUCUUUGUCUUUGCAAUAUUUAAAUAAUUCAGUUAAAUGCUGCAACAUAGAAGUGAGUUUCAUUGCAUAACAAAUAAAGCCAUUUCUUUUGAAGAAAGCAUGGCUGAACAAAACAUAUACAAAUAUUAUUUAUGAGAAACACUGGAUAUAAACACAUUGCUAAAAACUAGCUGAACUUGUAAAACUUUCUAUAGAAACAAUUUCUUGCUACAGUAGUUUUUGAACAUUACAAAUGCAGCCUUGAAAGUGUUUCACUGGACUUUCUACAAUAAACCAACAUACAGUUGUGCAUAAUUCUCCAAUGUAAGGAACAUGAUACAUGGUUUUCAAAAUUUUUUUUUAGGUGCUGAAAACAGAUUAGACAGAACAACCUCUUUAUAUUUCUUGUGUUAUUUUUCUAAAAAAUGUUUCUUAUUUAAUAUAUAUUAAUAUUGGUCAAAUAAUAUUGCUUAGGGUACAUCGAUGAAGGUGUUGUCAUGUUGUAAGGGCAAUUAAUAAAGAUGAAAUAAGUUUAAGGUGAGGGUGCUUUUGCAGAAACAAAGAGAGAAGGUGUCACAGUAACACAGGCCUGCAGCUACGAUUUUGAUUUUCUGUGGUCUCUGUGGUAUACAGAUGACCUCUCACCUACAAGAGUGCAAAAUCUCACAUCAAAAAGCUGCAUGAAAAUGCUGUCAGAUACCUCAGGAUGGCCACCCUGCUGAAUAUCCCAGCUUUUAUGAUAAACUUUAACCAGUGAACCCAAACCUCUGCUGUUCACGUUCUUAACUCCUUCUUAUUCCUAUUGUUUUUUUCCUAUGGCAAGUUUCCCCCAACAUUAAAAUAUGACUGUAUUUCUGGAGAUUUUGCUGUAUAAUUUCAAAAUUAAGCAGAGAGUGAAGAAGGCAGACCACACAGUUCAAGCAACAAGUGUUAUUUUGUGUGUGUGAUCAGUUUGUGUCGUUUAGGAAGCAGUAACUGUCCUUUAACUCAUGAAAAGCUUAUUAAUUACAAUGAGCAAACAAUGAAGAUUUGUCAAGGAGGAAAAAAGAAACUUAUUUAUUGAACAUGGCAUAUGUGUAUAUUUGGUUUUUUAUUAAUAAAAUUAAAGCUUUCACGUCUCAAA